GCAAGUGAAGAAAAGCAUAAACCAACCUGGAGAGGAAGAGAAGAAGAAGAAAUCGAAGCAAACAAGCAAAGCCAUGAAUCCACCUUAAUGUCACGUUAUCCUUUGAAUAAAUACCGUGUAUUUCCUUCAGACAUUUUAUCAAACACCUGGGGCACUAGGCGACAAACUAUCAUUUUUUUAAUUUCGUUUAGAUAUUUGUUCGUCCAAUCAUUGGGUAAAAAGCGGAUUGGGAAAUGGAGGGCAAGUCUGGGUCGUGGUUGCUGUUGACGAUGGUGGUGAUGGGUUGGUGUGUAACUUUGUCAUCAGCUUCUUUCGGCGACCAGUACUAUCGGGGCUCUAGGAAAACUGAUGCGACGUCGUCUUUGGGGUUCAGUCGCGCAGCACCCUCCUCCAUAGUAUUUCCAGUUCAUGGCAACGUUUAUCCAACAGGGUCCUAUAAUGUGACCCUAAACAUUGGACAGCCUCCAAAGCCCUACUUUCUGGAUCCAGACACUGGUAGUGAUCUCACAUGGCUCCAAUGUGAUGCUCCUUGUGUCAGAUGCACUCAGGCUCCUCAUCCAUAUUACCGUCCAAGCAAUGACCUAGUGGCCUGUAAGGACCCCCUCUGUGAAGCCCUGCACUCGCCGGGUUCUCACAAAUGCGAUGCUCCGGAGCAAUGUGACUACGAGGUUGAGUAUGCUGAUGGUGGUUCAUCCCUUGGUGUGCUUGUGAGGGAUUCCUUUUCCCUCAACUUUACAAGUGGACUCCAGCUACGACCUAAACUGGCCCUCGGGUGUGGAUAUGAUCAACUUCCUGGAUCAUCUUAUCAUCCCAUUGAUGGAGUCCUCGGCCUUGGCAGGGGAAAAACCAGCAUCAUAUCACAACUUAGUAGUCAGGGUUUGGUGCGAAAUGUCAUUGGUCACUGUUUAAGUGGCCGAGGUGGGGGGUAUUUUGUUUUCGGGGAUGACAUUUAUGAUUAUUCACGCAUAGUUUGGACACCAAUGUCACUUGAUUACUCAAAACACUACUCGCCUGGCCCAGCGGAACUCAUGGUUGACGGGAAAUCUACCGGGUUUGGAAACCUACACAUGGUUUUUGACAGUGGGAGUUCCUACACUUAUCUCAGUUCUCAGGUUUAUCAAUUUUUGACUUCAUGGUUGAAAAGAGAACUAACUGGAAAGCCUUUAAAAGAAGCUCCAGAUGACGGAACUCUCCCGCUCUGUUGGAAAGGUCGCAAGCCAUUUAAAAGCAUACGAGAUGUUAAGAAAUACUUCAAGCCCUUAGCACUAAGGUUCGGCAGUGGUAGAAAAGACACAGCUCAGUAUGAAUUGCCCCCUGAAGCAUACCUAAUACUAUCGUCCAAGGGAAAUGUUUGCUUGGGAAUUCUAAAUGGUACUGAAGUUGGACUGCAAGAUAAUAACAUCAUUGGAGACAUUUCAAUGCAAGAUAAGAUGGUGAUUUAUGACAAUGAGAAGCAGAUGAUUGGAUGGGCUCCUGGAAACUGUGAUCAUCUACCCAAGCGUAGAAGUAGUUUCAGCUUCUGGUGAUGCUUUCUCAGGCACCAGGGCAACAAAUGUCGAGCACACGAGGAUGCUGCCCGUUUCCCAGGCACCAGAGCAUUCUCUUGCACAAAGAAAUGUAACACAUAUAUAGGGUUUAGGGUAAAUAAUUUAUAUGUAUAUACUACACAUUCUGUAUAUUUCUCCCAUUUCCUCAUUUAUAUCUAAGUCGAUGACAUCUCUCUCA